UAUAAACCUUUUACACAACUUAAUUGAAGCAAGGUUAUAUAUUAUAGCCUUGUGCAUGUGCAUGAAUCCAUCCUACACACUGCUGACAAGGUCUGUCUACAGAGAUUUAAGUUGGGAAAUAACGCAUUGUGUCUCAUAACAAAACAAGUCGCUGCAUCCUCUACUUCACCGAAGUUUGUAAAAGAAUAAAAUCAAAUAAACGGCGAAAUGCAGGUUUCUGAAGCCUUUCUUAGCUACUGUUUCAUUGACAUCAAAACCUCUGGAAAAGGUACCGCGUAAAAUGUGUGGCGCACCUUAUUUUGGUAAUUACGACCUUUACUUGACCUUUGACAUUGACGGUUUGCGGAGCAUCCCGGUCAUUCGUAUGGACGUCAAAAUUGGAACUAUGUACAACAUAACAUGUAGAUAUGCAGUGUGUCGUAUAUUUAAAUGUUCUCUUCAACCUCUGCUUGAUCUUUGACAGUGAUCGUAUAAGACAACAAACAGGUUUACAGAGCAUCAAUAGUUGAGUGGCGAUAAUCGCCCUACAGACGUCGGUUGAAGUCGUAUUUUGAACAAACCAUACAUUCAUUGCAUUUUUGAAUAUAUGAUUUGAAGAUUAAUAAAUCCAGAAGCACAAUCUAAGUAGAAAAUUAAGUCACCGAGGAGCAAAGUUAGAAACAACCAUUUUACAGGUCGGGAAUAAAUAUAAAGUCAUUCUGCAAAUUUAUAUAAUUUUAAACUGGUUUUACGUCCACUAUCGAGACUGUAAAGUGGAAGUCACCAAAUUAAUCACGGGCCAGAAAUUAUUUGAAUGAACAAGCAAACGUUUUUUCCGGCAUUUUAAAGCAGCGUUGUUUAUAAAGUCCAGCGAAAAGUCUUUCAAUCGAAAUAGGCCAUAGGUCAGAGAGAUCAAAUGUUAUAUUUUUUCUGUUGUCUUAAAAAGGAAACGAACAUGAACUGACCGAAAUGAUUUCAACAUUAUUUGGCAUGACGCAUACGUUGGACAUGCGCUAUGCAAAAGGCAAUGAUAAAUAAUAAUAUUUAACAUUUAUUAGCCCACCAUCAUCAGUGGGCAGUUCAAAACGCCCGUUGUCUGUCCGUCUGUCCUGUGUUCCUGUUGUGUUUGUUACCCCUUAGGGUCUUCCAGUACACGAUAGCUCCUCGAUGAUUAAGAUACGGGAGACUCGAAGCAUGCCAUCCAGAGUAUUUAGAGUAAAGUGUCUUGCCCUUGGACACAAAAACGUAAGCACAGACCGAUCCUGUCACAGCUUCCUGAGAAACAGAAGCUGCAGCGUAUGGAGAGCGUCGGGUCAUCACCUGGUAUUACGGUUUGCCAACGCUAUAACUGAUAUUUAAAAAUUUGAAGUUUAUCGCAGUAUUGAAUGGAUCUAUCUGAAAUUUUAUAUGUAUAGUCAGUUCCCUUGGUCUCAAGUAGUGUCGACUCAUUUAUCGGACUGAUCCGAAAAAUGAAAUGGCGGCCAGACAGUCAUCUUGGAUUUCAACAGUUGAAGUUUGUUAUCGCAUUUUUUUUCAUUUAUAUAUAUUGUUUUCAUAUAUAUUGCUGUCUUGAGCAGUUCUGGAAUGAGCAUUCUCAUAUUCCAUAGGUCCCUAUUUGUGCCGAUUUGAUUUUUUAUAUCUAUUCGAAAGAAGAGGAAGAACGGAAAAGAUCAUACAAUGAUGGAAGCCAAGAUCACUCGGAGACCUCUGAGUAACAAAAACUGGUUUUACUGGAUAGAAUUUCGACUUGUCCCUCUUUCGCGCAUUUGUUUCCGUUAUGAACAGUUGUUCGAUUUCAAUCAAAGUCUAUAUGUACGCAACAACGACUGUGGUGCAUAAAUAUUAAAUAUAAUGUAUUUAGUUUAACUUCAUCAAUCACUUGGUUUCACGUCCUUUAAUUGUGAAUAGAUAUCAGGUGGCAGAUCGCAUUGAUAGUUUUAGCAUUAUCAAUGUAUUCAGUAUUAAGAAAACCAGACGCGUGUAAUGAGGGACAGUAUUGGACUGAAUUUCCGUCAUACAUUAUACAUUACUGUUCAACAUUACACUAAGUUUUUCUAUACAUGUAGUCAGUGAGCUAAGAGGAUUUUGUAACAAAUAACCAAACUGGUCACCUACAGAAACUCAACAACGUAUGAAUUAUAACUUUUCUGAUAAGAAGUAUUGAUUUGCUGUUUUUGUUAUUCUGUCUUUUGGUUUCCACCUCAGAACGUUUUAUCGUGGACUCUUAAAGUUUUUAAUGAUGUCUAAUCCACACAGAAUUAUCCGUUUAAAAAAGUGGUUUGUCGACAAUAAUUUUCCUUAGAGAUGAACUCACAACUCACUUCUCCGCCCUGCAUCUAAAAUGAGUUUAAGCAAAAUGCGAAAUGUGAAGGGGAAUUAAAACAAGAGACAAAAAGCUAAAGGAAGAAAAGAUAUUCAGAAAAAUAUAUUAAGAGAGUACUACGGGUCCACCACGGAAUACCAAUGGAUAUUUGAACCACUAUCUCACGGUCCGAUAAUGUCCAUGUCCUUCUUUAACAGUGCGUGAAGCAUUAGGUACAGGGGAUGUCCUUCUUUCACUGAACGCGUUUGAAAAUUUGCACUUUGUACAGCUGUAACGCAAGUUACUUUGCCUAACUCAAAUUAGCGAAAUAAUUUUAACAGUAUUACGGAGAUUCAGUGGAUCGCAAAACUUUUUUGAUGACAAUGAUGACACUUUUUUAAGUCAUCCGUCUGCUGCAUUUAAAAAUCUUGAAAACGCAAAAUUAUUCAAUUUUCAUAAAUUGAUAUUCUGUUCCUAUCCAGAUUGAAAGUGAUAUCCCAUACUACCUGCCUGAUACAUGUCUUCUUGAUAAACUUAUCGCUAUUACCAGUAAGCUAGCAUAUGGUCUAAGGGAAGUAACUCACCUGUCUCUCCGUCUCACUCGUGUGAUCAUGCGUUGAAAGGCACUUCCGCUGUUAAAUUGAUAAUCAAAAUGGCGAACGAGAUCACUCACGCACCAAACAAAACAUGGGAAUUGAGUCUAUACGAGCUUCACAGGACACCACAGGAGGCGAUUACUGAUUCUACAGAGAUAGCUGUAUCUCCCAGGAGUCUGCACAGUGAACUAAUGUGUCCAAUUUGUCUAGAUAUGCUUAAAAACACGAUGACAACAAAAGAGUGUCUUCAUCGUUUUUGUCAAGACUGUAUCAUCACAGCCCUUCGGAGUGGCAACAAAGAGUGUCCAACUUGCAGAAAGAAACUCGUGUCUAAACGUUCUUUGAGGCCUGACCCCAACUUCGAUGCGCUUAUUUCCAAAAUAUAUCCUAGUCGAGACGAAUAUGAAGCGCACCAAGAGAGGGUACUUGCAAAACUUAACAAACAGCACAGUACUGCUGCGUUGACUCACAGCAUUGAAGAGGGACUGAGAUUACAAGCUAUGAAUAGGGCUCAAAGAGUACGUAAACAUGCUACAGAACCAGACCUUUCCCGUCUGGAGACAGCCAGCACUACAUCUAAUGAUGCAACUCCUAAGAAGAGGCCCAAACCAUAUUCGGAUGACUCUAGUACUGAGAAUUCAGUGGGAGAGGGUGGUUCAGAACUAGGGCAUCCUAUAGAGCCUGUUGAGAGAGAAGUACCAGUUAGUGACAUUGAAUUAGUGUUCAGGCCUUUACCUAUCGACUCUGAGUCUCAAGCAGCCAACUUUGAUGCCUCGCAGACAAGAUAUAUCAAGACGACUGCCAAUGCUUCAGUGGAUCAUUUGUCAAAAUAUCUUGCCAUCAGACUCUCCCUGGAAUCACAAAAGGCAGAUGGCGGUGGUGCCAGUAGUGAUACAAGAUACAGCAUCCACAUAGCUAGUACACCAGGAUGUUACACAUUACUGAGUGGAGUCAUGACCCUGGACCAGGUCAAUGAAAAAUACUGGCGCGUAAACAAGCCACUGGAAAUGUACUUUGCCAGUAUGAAGAAGACUGGAGAGACCACGCCCAGUCACACACCUACCAAGAAAGGCAGUGACAAGUGAAUCAGCUACAAAAUAUUUAGCACUUGCUCUUGAAAGAAAAAAACUGUGUGAUUCCAGUUUAAACAAUAGAGUUUCACUUAAAGUUAACAACUGCCAUAUUGACUUUAAUUCUGCAUGAUUUAAUGAAAUAGUUAUUAAACCAAAUCCUUAGCAUUUUUGCUUGAUGGGUUUGUCAGCUGUGAGAAACAUUGAAUUGUCACAUUUUUUCGUGAGGUGAUAUAAAAUGGCAUUCUGUCAUGGAUUAGAUUGAGAAAAUAUUGUUUCUUUUGAAAUAGAAUUUAAACCAUGAAGAUUUAUUUCUUGAAAUAUUUCAAUUUCAUUUCAAGCACAAUUCCAGGAUGAGAGAUUUAUUCAUGAACUGCUUUAACAGUUUGUAAGUUAUUUUACUGUAAUGAUGCUCUUUGCUUUCAUUGUCAUAUGAAAGCUCAGACUUGACAGCUAAUUUUCAGAGAAAAUUAUUUACUAGUAUUAGGACAGGGAUGUUUAAAACUACAGUACAAAACGAUCCUGUCAUUGUAGAUAUUUCUGAUAUUUAUGUAAGUAAUUCCAUAAGUGAACAAAAGUAAAGAUUUUUGGUAAAAAAAAAAUUGCAAGACUCCAUUUUACAGAAUUUUGUUAUAACUUGGUAAAUAGCUAAUUAUUUUGUUCUGCUCAAAAAGACGAUUCACGUUAAAUGGUCUAUAAAUACCCAGUUCAACAGAUUACCAUGUAAUCAUCAGCAGAUGUAAUUAUACACAUGCACACCUAUAUCAAUCUGGAAUAUGACACUUCUGAGACUUUUUGGCUGAUGCUAUAUUGAAUGUAUUUAUACUGCCAAACUGAUAGAAUAAUGCAGACUCGUGCAAGGGCAUUAUGUUAAUGAUAUAUUUUGUUGUAUAUUGUGCAUAUUGUAACUGUUUUGUAUUUGUUCACAAAAAACUUUACAAUAUAUAUAAUCAGAAAUCAGUAAUCAAGAAGGGACCAAAGUGCUCAUACCAAUCCACCCCUUAAAAAGUCUGAUUGUACACUUCUUUGUAAAUCCCAAAGUAUUCCAAAGACUUGUCAAAUCUGUACAACAUAUUUAAAUUUAGCAUAAUCCCAUAAGUCUGUUUUUGGUUAAUGGUAUUUUGAAGUGCUUCAUGCUAUGUUACAAAUAUUUCUUAAAACCUAUGUCAUAUGUUGUUUUCAAUGAAUUUCUGGAACAAUGUCAAGGUGCUCUUCAUUGCAAAUUGUAAUUACCCAAGCUAAAGUAUUAAUAUCUCUUUGUUGAUAUAUUGUACAUAUCUGAAUCAGAAGAUUUUUGUGAGCUUUUGAUGUUUUGUGAUGUAUGGGUGGCUUGGCUGGAAAAUGUGUCAUUAGUUAAAAUGAUUUUUUUCAAUAUUGAAUACCCAGUUCAUUGUGAAUAAAAAUAGGAUUCUAUGCUCAUCAAGAGAGAAAGAAAGAUGGUUUCCUAGCAGAAUUUUACGAUAGUGACACUCUAUAAAAACUUCCGGAACAAUAUACAUCUUCAUUGCUGUUUAACUUUAUAUCGAUACACAAUGUGAAAAAAACCCUAUGAACUGACUCCUAUGUCAGUUAUUUGUGGAUUUACCCUGUCCAGGCAUAGAGUAACCACUUUAAAAGUGAUGCCAGUUAUAAAGCCAUUUAAUUAAAAAAUGUGUUUGUAAAUUUCUGUUUGGCGAGAUAAUAAGUUUUCAUAAUGAUUUGUUACUCUUGUAAAUCAUAGAAUAUCUAUCAAUGGAAAUGCAAUAGGAUUUGAAAUUGUUUUUUAGAGCUUUGUAUGUCAUUAUCUAGCUUUAAUAUCUUUACCAUAAAUUUCUAAACAGCAAUGUGUAACCAGAAAUAAACAUGUAAAUAUAAAUUUUACAACAGUUAAGAAAUUAGAAUAGAUUUCUAGUAUUUUUUCUCAUACCACAUUGAAAGUUUGUUGAAGGAGCUUUAUAAGUAGCUAGCAUCAAUGACUAAAUUGUAAAACAGAAUCAUAAAUGUUCUUAAAUUCUGGUGUAUUUAAAUGUUAUUAUUAGUAUAUGCUUGUUUCCCUUUUUCCUACUGAAUGCUAUUACAUUAUAAUAUAAAUCAAGAAGUAAUCCCAUAGGCAAUGCUGGUUAUACCACAAGUUACAACCAAUUAUUGGUAUAUGGUGAUUAAAAGGUUUGGUUGCAAUUUUUCUUAGCUAAGUAAAUGAUAUGAUGAAAAGAUUAACAGAAGAAUUCUCAAUGGAAAGAUGUUGCUUGUUUUGAUGAAAUUCAGUGAAUCCGAUUCAUGAAUAUCACAUGUAACCUAUUAGGGAUUAAUUAUUUAAUUUAACAUGUCAUAUUAUUUUUGUAUGUUAAAACAUUGUUGCUGUAAUGUGUUGUGUUAGUCAGUCAUAGAAAUGAAGACAAGAAAUACAGUUUGAUCAUUGAUAAUAUGAUAUAUAAGGACAAGUUAUAACAGGAUAUGAAGAAAUUUUUUUGGGUCCUAAUUGUCUGUAUUUGAAUCCAUGCUAAGUGAAGAAAAUGUGUAGUUUCUUUUAAAGCAUGUGAUUGUUGUAAAUAAAACUGUUCUAAUAAAGUAAUUUCUUAUUACAAAAUG